AUGAGGGCUGUGCAAGUAUGUGGUCACGACGGUGGAGAUGGAUCCAGACUGGGAAACGAUGCGAGAUACCCGCAGAUGCGAGAUGAUGGUGUUGAAUGGUGGUGGUUUCAUAUUGGUGGACAGUUGCAGAUACAUGCACUUUUUGCUCCAAUCUUUCUCCGUUACAAGCUAACUGGAAUUCUUGAUGGCACUGAAGUGUGUCCACCGCCAUUUCUUCUUGACAAUCCUGGCCACAGCACCUGUGCUCCGAAUCUUGCCUUUGAAGCUUGGUAUGAGAAUGAUCAAAACAUCCUCAUUUGGUUAAAUUCCACUUUAUUUGAAGAAAUCAUACCUUUCACCGUUAGUGUAUCUUCAUCUCGCGAAUUGUGGAUCAAUCUUGAACAACGCUUUGGUGGAGUCUCUGUUACACACAUUUACCAAUUCCACACUCGCCUUCGCUCAGUUCAGAAAGUUGAUCUUUCAAUCUCUGAAUACAUUCAACAAAUCAAAAGUAUUUCGGAUGCUUUAAUGGUUGUCGGUGUGCCAGUUUAUGAUCAUGAUCUUAUUGUUGUUACGCUCAAUAGCCACUCUGAUGAGUACGAGUCCUUCAUUGACUCUAUAAUGUUGCGAAUUUCCUCCACAACUCUUGAUGAACUUCACGGUUUAUUGAUCAACAAAGAACUCUUUAUGAGUCAAAAGAAGAAAUCUGUUGUUCCUUCUGUUACAAAACCUUUUCAUGCCUAUGCUGCUUAG